CGGGCUCGAUGGCGUCGUCGUCGAGCAGCGGGCUGACCUUCAAGCUCCACCCGCUGGUGAUCGUCAACAUCUCGGAUCACCACACCCGCGUCAAGGCCCAAGCCCAGUACUCCUCCUCCUCCGCCGCCGCCGCCGCCCCCGGCGCCGGUGCCACUCCCAAUGGUGGCGCUCCUCCGCCUCCGCCCCGCGUCUUCGGGUGCGUCAUCGGCGUCCAGCGCGGCCGCACUGUUGAGAUCUUCAACAGCUUCGAGCUUCUUUACGACCCCGUCACCAACACCCUCGACCGUGCCUUCCUCGAGAAGAAGCAAGAGCUCUACAAGAAGGUUUUCCCAAAUUUUUAUAUAUUGGGGUGGUAUUCGACAGGCAGUGAUGCCCAAGAGUCAGAUAUGCAGAUUCACAGAGCUUUGAUGGAUAUUAAUGAAAGUCCUGUUUAUGUCCUUCUGAAUCCUUCGAUCAACCAUGCUCAAAAGGACCUUCCAGUGACCAUAUUUGAAAGUGAGUUGCAUGUCAUUGAUGGAAUUCCUCAGCUCAUAUUUGUUAGAUCAAACUACACCAUUGAGACUGUAGAGGCGGAACGAAUUUCGGUUGAUCAUGUAGCUCAUCUCAAGCCAUCUGAUGGCGGUUCAGCUGCAACUCAAUUGGCUGCCCAUCUUACUGGAAUACAUAGUGCCAUCAAAAUGCUAAAUAGCAGAGUCAGAGUUGUUCAUCAAUAUCUGCUUGCCAUGCAGAGAGGUGAUAUUCCCCUUGACAAUUCAUUGCUUAGGCAAGUCUCGAGCCUUCUGAGAAGAUUGCCAGCCAUGGAAUCAGAGAAGUUCCAAGACGAUUUUCUGAUGGACUUCAAUGACACAUUACUUGUGACUUACCUUGCAAUGUUCACAAACUGUUCAAGUACCAUGAAUGAGCUGGUUGAUAAAUUCAACACCACUUAUGACAGACACAGUAGAAGGGGAGGCCGGACCGCUUUCAUAUAGUUGGCGUGCUUGUUUUACUGGCAUUCUAAUCUAGAAGUUUUUCCAUCAAGAAUUGGCUGUAGAGUUUAAGGUUCUCAGCUAUGCAGAUAGAAGGGCUUGUCAUAUGCUUCAAAGUUUUAAACUUGAUUAAUUUUCCAAUUUUUGGCCUUGAUGCCUCCGGAUUGGAGUAUCAAGUUUUUUUUAUUGUUUAUGAAAUUUGUAUGUCCAUCAAAGAUCGACCUCAUACUUCAGUUCGUGCAUUUUAAACUUGAGUGUUUUACAAACU